AUGGAAACGUGGUACAUUGUCUCUGUUCUGUGUUUUUUCCUUUGGCUGAUUCUCAAAUCCAUAUGCAAAGUUCUCUUUCCUCCACUCCCUCCGGGACCUUCCAAAUGCAACUUUGCAUUGCUACGAGGAUACUUCACUGACCCCAAAACCAUUCUUCAAAAACUCGUUGCAAAAUAUGGUCCAAUCUUCUCUGUUCAUGUUGGUUAUUCUCACACUGAUAUUUUCAUCGCAAGUCGUUUCCUUGCACACCAAGCUUUGAUCCAACAUGGCACCAUCUUCGCUGAUCGCCCCAAGGCUAACCCCACCAACAAGGUUAUAAGUAGCAACCAACAUGACAUUCUUUUCAGCUUCUAUGGCCCCAGAUGGCGCCUCCUUAGGCGUAACCUCACUUCAAGAAUCCUUCACCCCUUGCAGGUUAAGUCUUAUGCACACGCACGGAAAUGGGUCCUAGCGAUGAUCCUACAAGGCCUCAUAUCUGAUUCUGAGGGUAACAGUCCCGUAAGGGUCAUUGACCACUUUCAAUAUGGCAUGUUUUCUUUGAUGGUUUUGAUGUGCUUUGGUGACAAACUCGAUGAGAAGCAAAUAAGGGAAAUCGAGGACAGUCAACGUGACAUGCUUGUGAGUUAUGCUAGAUACAGUAUCUUGAACUUUUGGCCAACAGUUACUAGGAUUUUGUUCUGGAAGAGGUGGAAGGAGUUCUUGCAGAAGCGGAGAGACCAAGAUGCUGUGUUGAUUCCUCACAUCAAUGCUCGAAGGAAGGCCAAGGAAGAGAGAGUGAGGAAUGGCUCAAGUCAGUCGAGUGAUUCUGCAUUGUCAUAUGUGGACAGUUUGUUGGAUUUGCAAAUGUUGGAGGAUGAGGAGGGGGUACAUCUUGAUGAUGGUAAAAUUUGCACCUUAUGUUCGGAGUUUCUGAAUGCUGGAUCAGAUACAACUUCAACUGCAUUGGAGUGGAUCAUGGCAAAUCUGGUGAAAUGCCCCAAAAUCCAAGAAAGUGUAGUGGGGGAAAUUAGAAGGGUGAUGGUUGGUAGAGAGGAUAGGGAAGUGAAGGAGGAGGAUUUGCACAAAUUGCCUUAUCUCAAGGCUGUGAUUUUGGAGGGGUUGAGGCGUCACCCUCCGUUACACUUUGUGGCUCCUCACAGGGUAACUAAAGAUGUUGUUUUAAAUGGUUAUUUGGUGCCUACCUAUGCCUCAGUGAAUUUCUUGGUGGCAGAGAUAGGAAGGGACCCUACAGCUUGGGAUGAGCCCAUGGCCUUUAAGCCAGAGAGGUUCAUGAACAUUGGGGACCAGAAUGGAGGCACAACUUUUGACAUAAUGGGAAGUAAAGAGAUAAAGAUGAUGCCGUUUGGGGCAGGAAGGAGAAUGUGUCCUGGCUAUGCUUUGGCAAUGUUGCACUUGGAGUACUUUGUGGCCAAUUUUCUUUGGAAUUUUGAGUGGAAGGUUGUGGAUGGAGAGCAUGUUGAUCUUUCAGAGGAGCUGCAAUUCACAACAGUAAUGAAGAAUCCUUUGAAGGUUCAUAUAUUACCCAGGCAAUAGUUAUGUUAAAUCAUUGGUGACAUUUUGCUCUAAACAAAAUUCCACUUCUGUAUGACUAUAUUUCCAAACAUUUCAUGCAUUGAUGUGAUUUUCUUUGUUUGUUGCUAUUAACAUCCAUGUAACCAGAAGUUACUGUCCCCUUUCCUAUUACUUUAUUAGAAAAAUGAUAA